AUUUCUCUGUACAUUCUUUAGAAGUAUAGUACUAGUCCAAUGGCAAAGCUCAUUAUCUUCUUCCUAUUGAAACUAUUUCUCCUCUGCUCCCUGCCAAGAUCAAAUGCAGUCUACAACGUACUCAAUUUUGGAGCCAAAGCUGAUGGUAAGACGGACUCGGCCCAACCACUCCUCAAAGCUUGGGCGGCGGCGUGCCGAUCAUCUUCCCCGGCGACAAUCCAUGUGCCUGCAGGGAGUUUUCUACUAAGCCAAGCCAUCUUCAAUGGUCCAUGCAAGAACACGGCGAUCAAGUUUUCGAUCGAUGGGACGAUCAUCUCACCUUCAUAUUAUGGCAAGUCAGGUGCUUCUAAGGAAUGGAUUGCGUUUAACAAUGUCGAAGGCGUGACGAUUCGCGGCGGUAACCUCGAUGGAAGAGGUGGAGCUCUGUGGACCUGCAAAUUUGAUGGCCGGAGCUGCCCAACCGGUGCAACUUCACUGACCUUCAGCAACUCGAAGAACAUCAUGAUCGAUGGCGUAACAUCGAUCAACAGCGAGCUGUUCCACAUUGCCAUCGUCGGCUGCCAAGGAGUGAGGAUUCAAGGUGUUUACAUCCUGGCUUCAGGGAACAGCCCUAAUACUGAUGGCAUUCAUGUUCAGAUGUCCACCGGCGUCAGCAUAGUUCGGGCCAACAUCAAGACCGGCGAUGACUGCAUCUCCAUCGGACCGGGCACCUCGCACCUUUGGAUUGAGCGUGUGUUCUGUGGACCAGGGCAUGGCAUCAGCAUUGGGAGCUUAGGCAAGUCGGGGGAUGGACUCCAGGUGAAGGGUGUACAAAAUGUGACUGCUAAAUCUGUCAUGUUUGCGAACACUCAAAACGGGUUCAGGAUUAAGACUUGGGGAACAAAUGCUCGUGGUUACGUUAAAGGAGUUGCUUUUGUGAACGCACUGAUGAGAAAUGUCCAAAACCCUAUCAUCAUCGAUCAGAACUAUUGCCCUGGAAACCAAAAUUGCCCGGGACAGAAUUCGGGCAUUGAGAUCAGCCAUGUCAACUACAAAAAUAUUCGAGGGACAUCCGCAACAGAAGUCGCUGUGAAUUUCGACUGUAGUCCAAGCAAUCCAUGCAAUAAAAUUAGAUUGAAAGAUAUUAAGCUCACCUAUCAAAAUCGGCGGGCAUGGUCUUCUUGCAAACAUGCUUAUGGAAUUGCCACUGGUUCUGUUAUCCCAACAAGUUGUUACGGAAAUAUUGGCCAAAAUCUCAAGAAAAUGUUAAUUUUAUUAUUUUAUUUAUUUGUUAUAUUGAGAUGCUUUCAUCUCCGCCUGGACGGCUCGCCGGUGGAGAGUUGGAAGCCCAGCUCCGCUGCACCUGGCCCGACCGUUUCACCACCACCCAAAUCUCUCUCUGUCUCUCUUUCUCUCAGGGGAAUGGAAAUGGCGGAAGGGGAGGAAGUGAGGAACAAGCAGGUGGUCUUGAAGGGAUUCAUCGUGGGAGCUCCGAAGGAGACGGACAUGGAGUUGAGGGAGGGGACGGCCAUGCUGCGGGCUCCCAAGGGGUCGGGUGCCAUCCUCGUGAAGAACCUCUACCUCUCCUGCGACCCCUACAUGAGAGGGAGGAUGAGGGAGAACUACGAUUCCUACAUCCCUCCCUUCCAACCCGGCUCCGUGAUAGAGGGCUUUGGUGUAUCCAAAGUUGUGGAUUCCGACAAUCCAAGUUUCGGUGUGGGCGACUUGGUCUCAGGGCUAACUGGUUGGGAAGAGUAUAGUUUAAUUUCGAAGACUGAGCGGCUGAGGAAGAUUCAGAUCAACGAUAUCCCUCUCUCCUAUCAUCUCGGUCUUCUUGGUAUGCCAGGUUUUACAGCGUAUGCUGGAUUCUAUGAGAUCUGUUCUCCAAAGAACGGAGAGUAUGUCUUUGUGUCUGCUGCAUCAGGAGCAGUAGGCCAGCUAGUUGGUCAGCUUGCAAAGCUACAUGGCUGUUAUGUUGUUGGAAGUGCAGGCACAAGGCAAAAGGUUGAUCUUCUGAAGGACAAACUAGGAUUUGAUGAAGCUUUCAAUUACAAAGAGGAAUCUGACUUAAACAUGGCUCUGAAAAGGUAUUUUCCCGAGGGCAUCGAUAUCUACUUUGAUAACGUCGGUGGCCCGAUGCUUGAUGCAGUGCUUCUCAACAUGAGACUACAUGGUCGAAUUGCUGUAUGUGGAAUGGUCUCUCAGAGUGGAGUCUCUGUUCCUCAGGGAAUCUGUAACCUGUUGUGUCUUGUAACAAAGAGAGUAAGGAUGCAGGGUUUCCUUCAGCACGACCAUCUGCACUUGUUUCCUCAGUUCUUGGAUCAUAUGGUUAGUUAUUACAAGCAAGGGAAGGUUGUUUACAUAGAAGACAUGAGUGAAGGACUUGAGAGUGCUCCAAAUUCAUUUGUUGGCCUAUUCACUGGUAAAAAUGUAGGCAAGCAGGUAGUAUGUGUUUCCGAAGAGUAAUUUUCUUUUACAUGCUUGGCCUUUUAUGUUGUUCUUGUAUGCAAUGUAUAACUUCAUUCUUAUAAAUUUCCCAAAUUCUCUUGUUCA